ACUCAACACAUCCGAUUGAACAGGCAGAUUAUUGCGACAUUCUCACUUGACUCGAAAGGCCUGUGUGCAAGGCUCCAUUACACUUCAUCACUUUGCGACCAGAUUCGGUCUACGCUCAGCAUCUACAUAGUCUCAGACAACUGCGCCAAUUGCCACCAGGACAAUGGCAUCAGGUUCGGGGCAGUCCAACCAAUUGCUAUACGCAUGUAUUGCUCAUGGAACAACCAUCUUGACUGAACAUACAUCACCGGGAACCUCAUCGUCAUCGGCUUCCUCACUUGCUUCAGUCAUCCUUCCAAAGAUUUCCCACUCCACGCCCGCCAAACUUACCUAUACACAUGAUCGACUCUUCGUACACUACAUUGCCGACUCUCCCUCCUCAACUUCCAAUGGUUCCGAUGAGCAGUUGUCUAGCCAUGCAGCGCUCACAUAUUUGGUGGUUGCGCAGACGGAAAUGGGUAGACGAGUUCCAUUUGCUUUCCUCCUCGAGUUGAAGAAAAAGUUCCUUUCCCAGUUCAAGCCAGAGUCUACAGACUUCCAAUCAUUACCUGCAUAUGGCACAGCAGCAUUCAACGGCACACUAAAGGCGAUGCUUCAACAGUAUAACACUGCUCCUCCGAGUGACGCACUCACGAACGCACGAAAGGAAAUCGACAACGUCAAGGAUAUCAUGACAGAAAACAUUGAGCGUGUGCUAGAAAGAGGAGAGAGGAUAGAUUUACUGGUAGACAAGACCGACCGCUUGGGUGGCAGCGCCCGCGAUUUCAGGGUGCGAAGCAGGGGCUUGAGACGGCAGAUGUGGUGGAAGAAUGUGAGGGUGAUGGUGCUACUGGUCGUGGUGGUAAUUUUCUUGAUAUACCUCUUUGUUGGCUUUGGAUGUGGCUUGCCAGCAUGGAGCAAGUGCGUUGGAUGAUGAGAGGACCAAGGUAUUUUGAGCGAGCGAGAUAUUCUUUUGGGAGACACUGUAUAGUAUCACUGCGAGUUUAGUAGUUGAGCGAGGCUGCUGCCCUAUUGUUCUCGAAACCAGUGUAAUUGGCAAUCACCUGGGACACGUUAUUUACCUC